AUGACGUUUUUAAUAGGGUGUGAUGCUGAGGCCACUGUAAUAGGCAGUGAUGUAGAGGCCACUCUAAUAGGCAGUGAUGUAGAGGCCACUGUAAUAGGCAGUGACGCAGAGAUCACUGUAAUAGGCAGUGAUGUAGAGGCCACUGUAAUAGGCAGUGAUGUAGAGGCCACUGUAAUAGGCAGUGAUGUAGAGACCACUGUAAAAGGCAGUGAUGUAGAGGCCACUGUAAUAGGCAGUGAUGUAGAGGGCACUGUAAUAGGCAGUGAUGUAGAGACCACUGUAAUAGGCAGUGAUGCAGAGAGCACUGAAACAGGCAGUGACGCAGAGACCACUGUAAUAGGCAGUGAUGCAGAGACCACUGUAACAGGCAGUGACGCAGAGACCACUGUAAUAGGCAGUGACGCAGAGACCACUGUAACAGGCAGUGACGCAGAGACCACUGUAACAGGCAGUGACGCAGAGACCACUGUAAUAGGCAGUGACGCAGAAGCAACUUACAAGGUAUAA